AUGAGCUACAGCGCCAUCUAUGACUACGGAUCGGAGUUACCGAAGAACAGUGCUUGUUGUGAUAUAAAGGAAGAAAAGAAUGAGGAACAUAUACAGCAUGUGUUGGGACCUAGCAGGCGGUGUUUGGCUUGGGCCUGCAAGGCCUGCAAGAGGAAAACAGCGGCAGUUGAUAGACGAAAAGCUGCUACACUACGUGAAAGACGGAGAUUAAGAAAAGUGAAUGCUGCAUUCGAAGAACUACGAAUACGAGCUCGGGCUGGGAGUGGACGACUGCCAAAGCUGGAAAUAUUAAGAGCAGCUAUCCAGCACAUUGAGAGGCUCCAAGCGGCACUUAGGGCUGCAACCGCUCUGGAUUCCGACACCUGCAAGAACUACGUAGAGCCUGUGAGGAAACCUGACAACAAACAAAACAAAAACGAAAAAGAAAAACCUUUUCUCAACGGUGAUUCAACGUGCGGUCUGAACAGUCUGGCGAGAUUGCGUUGUAUCGUACAGGCUCUAGCGAAUGAAACAUGA